AUGCAGGAUUGUACUAUUGUGAUUGUUGGACGGACCCUUAUUUUUUAUCUUAUCAUUCUUGAGAUGACGGGAUUUGAUGUCAUUCUCGGGAUGGAUUGGUUAUCCACUUUUCAUGCCACAAUUGAUUGUUGCAUAGGUAAAAUUUUAGUUUCUAUGCCUGAGGGUGAUUGUUUCUUCUUUAUUGGAGAUCGGGGUGAUUUCCAUGUUUUAGCUUGUUAUGGUAUUCAUGGUUGGGAUCAUUAUGAUUUCUUCUUGGCUAGCAUCCUAGCUGAAGAAGAUGGUAAUGUGGGGACAGUGUUUCUGUUGGUUGUUUGUGAUUUCUUAGAUGUGUUCCCGGAUGAUUUCCCUGAUUUACUUCCUAAAAGAGAGAUUGAGUUUGUAAUCGACUUGAUGCCUUGUACUGCGCUGAUUUCUAUGGCACCGUAUCGAAUGGCACUAGUAGAGUUGGAGGAGUAA